UCUCUUUUAAUAGCUUCAUAUGCACUCAUUUAUAUAUGGAGUAGUAUAUACAUCUUGACGUGAAGCACAAAACCACCCUUGUUCUCCUAUCUUCCACAACAUCACUCCGGUUUUUCCCAGAGAGAGAAAGGUGACUUUUGAUUUCUUAUGGCCAACACUAGCGAAAAUGAGAAUGGAUGGAUAGAGAGAGUGAAGGAAGAAGGAGAUUUUCCACUUCUUGAACCAGAAAACUGUCCAAAUGGCUGGGCUACUCCUCCCGGUGACAUUUUCCGGGUUCGUGGUCCAGAGUACUUCUUGACAAACGUGAAAAUUCCCGGCGGUGAGUAUCUUUUGAAGCCGCUCGGAUUUGACUGGAUCAAAGGUCCCGCAAAGAUCUCGCAGGUCUUAAAAGAUCCGAAAAACCGCGUCAGGAAGGUUCUCGACGAAGAAUUCCCGACGGGUAAUAGGCCUCGCGUCUGGGCAUUCAAUCUACAAUUCCCAAGCAAGGACAAUCAUAGCGCCAUCGCGUAUUUCGUAGCCAGAGAGCCGAUUCCAGACGGAUCCUUGUUGGACCGGUUCUGUAAAGGGGACGACGGGUUCAGGAGAUCAAGGCUCAAAGUGAUUGCCAACAUUCCCAAAGGGCCUUGGGUUGUUAAAAAAGCAGUAGGGGAUGCUAUAUGCGUAAUCGGACGAGUACUCACUUGCCAUUACUACGUCGCGGACAAUGUCAUGGAAGUUGAUAUCGACGUUGGAUCUUCUGUGGGUGCAACUACAAUUUGUCGUCUGUGUUUGGGUUACCUAACAAAGAUUACCGUCGAUAUAGCUUUUCUAAUAGAAAGCCAGGCGGAAUCGGAGCUCCCGGAGCGGAUUUUAGGAGCAGUGAGAUUUUCUCAGCUGGAUGUUGCCGCGGCUAGGGAGGUCGAGCUAUCUUCUGAUGGAAGUGCUGCUAAGUUGCAGUCAUCCCUGACUACGCGGAUUUGGAAUUCCAUUGUGUAGGGCUUCUCCAAACUUCUUGUUUCAGGUGCAGACCCGGCCCAAGGGCAAGGCCCGAGAGGCCUGCGCCUGAAAUUUUGGCCUCAUAAGAGGGACCCCGUUUGGAGUUAUUAUAUAUCUAUAUAUAUUAUUUGUUCGCAACAUAACUUGCAGAAGUCUCCUUGGUUUAGUGGUAAGAUGCGUGUCAAUUCACGCGGCAGGACUGGGUUUAAUCCCCGCCCCCAACACUUUUUUAAGUUUUUAUUUGUAGGUUUCGAACUUGUGUCAAAGAGAACACAAGGAAACACCCCUGGUACCAAAGCAUGUUCCUUGUAAAAUUUGCUCUAAAUUUUUUAUAUAUAACAAUUAUCUCUUGUUAUUA